GAGAAAGAAUACACGUAAAUUACCUCCAUUACCUACAAAAAAUUGCUCUUCCAAUAAUGAUGCGGAUUCAGAAAAGUUGCCCUUUGACUAUAAUGAAAGUGGUGGGAAAAUACGAAUUUUGAAACGUGCUUUUAUUUCAGGACCUGGUACUAAUUCUCGAAUUCAAGUAAAACGUUCGCGAAAUGAAUCUAGCGUGGUAUCAGUGCUUAUUGAACAGAAAACACCCUACAUGAUUGAUGAGUGCAACUCUAUUGGUUCUAAUAUUGAUGAGGAAACGGAAGCAUUUACGCAAGUUAAUGAGCCCAUAGAACCUUCAGCAAUCAUUUGGUUGCCAAGACAAAAUGAGAAUACAGGUGCAUUUCGCAUUGGAGCCAACGACGUCCUGAUGGGUAUUAAUCGAAAUAACAGUUAUAUUGAAGAUACUUCAAAUUCUAUAACCGAACAAGAAAAUGCUUCGAAUCAUGUUCUGGCAUUUGAUACCCCUUCA